GUGCAUUACCAAUCGAUAACAGUUGUAAGUCUAGUCACACACAUAGUUGUCAUAAACAGACAUCGUCACACGAGAAGAAUCUUUUAAAAAUGCUGUCAGCAACUGUAGUUUUCCUUCUUCUGGUCAUCCGUAGUUUUGCAGUUUCUGUACCAGACAAAAACAGCCUACACGUACAACCAGAUCCGGAUUUGGAAAAAUAUUUGAGAGAAGCACUUGAAAACUUUCGAGAGCAGAUGAAAUCCGGGAUUCCAUCUAUCAAUAUGCCGGUUCUAGAUCCCCUGCAUUUGCAAAAUCUAGACAUAAACGUCCAUGAAAAUCUCGCAACUAUGACAUUAAAAAUUAAGGAGAUAACCGUGACAGACUUAUCUACGUUUCAAGUUCCUCAUAUAUAUCCAGAUCUCGAAAGCUUCUUUUUAGAAGUGAAUCUUACACUUCCUCAAGUGAGUUCAUGGGGAAAGUACUAUCUGGACGGAAAGCUCUUGAAAAUAUUUCCACUCCGAGGCGAUGGAAAUUUUAAGAUAAAUCUAACUGUGGCUGAAAUAGGUGGAGUAGGACAACUCAAGUUUGUUAAUAAAACUUUGCUGAUGCAAAAACUGGAAUUGGAUUUGACCUGGAAGAAAUUGGAUAUAUUCUUGGAAAAUUUUCUUGGAGGAGGAAAAUUUGCAGAAGUUUUGCAAAGAAUGCUUCCAGCAGUUGGCAAAAGUGUCUUUGACAACUUUAAACCAGAUAUUUUAAGAAUGAUGAACACUGCUUUGAUGGAUGCAGUAAAUAAGGAGUUAAAGAAGCCUGAGGUUAAAAAGAUUAUUGAAGGCAUACUACCAGAUAUGGAAUCUGGUGAUUAGUGAUCACUAUUCAUACAAUAUAAGUUAUUAUUAAAAGUGAAAUUUUGAGUCAUUCUCAUUAAAAUAAAUUGUGUACUCAAAAAUGUUUCAUAAUAAAUGCUAUCGAACAUA